AUGUCGCUCACGGAACCAAGAUGGCAUCCGAGGAUGGUGCGCGUAUCGUGUCAAACGUAGGAUGUGAUGUAAAUAAUACGAGCCAGCGGGCGACCGAGUCAGUUGGGAGCGAAACAGUGCGUGUUACGUCAUCCGGGACGGCGUCGCGUAUCGCCGUCGAGGUGACGGACGACCGCGCGCGCGAUUCCGCGCGUAAUUCGCCGAGGACGCCCACGGGUCUCCCUGCAGCGUCACCGUUUUGCACGGACACGGAAGGGCACGCGUUACGGAGGAGCACGAGCCUCGCGGGCUCGUCUGGUGAUGUGGCUGAACUGGUCGCGAGCAGCGGAACCGAUAGCGAAACGCGGCAGCCGUCCCCCCAGCGGCGCAGCAUGUCUCACCAUGGUAGUGACCUGGACGACACCGCUUGUCUUCCGGGAGAGCCAGACGGAAGUCCAGAUCAUUGCAACAAUGAUGUAGUAAAAACUGCUAAGGAACCAGUUGACCAUAUUACGCAUACCGAUUCCACACGUAACAACGACACAAUGUUAUCCGGAGACGUACACGUAUUAUCCACAAAAGCGAAAUUAGAAGGAUGCAUGAAUUUCUCCAACAACACACCGCAGUUGGGAGAGAGUCCGCAAAGUAAUGGCGAAGUGAUCAGCAGUCCUCCGAGUCCCGACUAUCCUCCGAGGGUCUCUGUCAGUCCACAUCCUCGUAGUCCAGACACGACGUUUCCCAUCGGCAUUAUGUCGGCGAAUUCCACAGUUAUUAUGGACACAGCAAAAUAUAGUGAAGAGAACACCGAAGAGAAGGCGGUCACGUUUAUAGAUAAAGUAACCGAGAAUCUAUUUUGUCCGUCGCCGAAGAAGAUAGGCGAUUCACAGGUUGGCAUUGUAAAAACAGAAUCGAGCGAGCAGCAGGACGCUGCCGGAGAGGAGGAGGACGUUACAGACAGAGAAUUGACAGCGGAGCCUCUCGAGAUUAAGAAAGAACCCGUGGAUUCGCGAGAGGAGCUUCAAAUGGUGAAAUCCUGGGGAGACGACAGUUUUUCAGCGGUGGAGUCGGAUAGGACGGAGUUGGCGACGGGUUCCCAGGACAAAUCCACGAAUUCCGUUGCUAAUCCAUCUUCCAGUUCGCAUUCGAAAACUUAUUCGUCCUCGAGAGAGAAACGCUCGAAGGAGGACAGGCGAUAUUGCUCGCGGUGUCACAAACGCAAGGGAAUAAAAAGAGCGAGCAUUGGUGUACAAUGCAAACGGGACCGUCACGUUUUGUCCUCGUUGAGCGGCAAGGUUCUUGUCCCUUUUUCGAAAUCGAUCAAUGAAAACCUAAGGUUAAAUCUACAAACGAAAAACUACAAGAUGCUAAACAAUCCGGUGACGAAGAAAGAACUGCUGGAAGGCCUAAAGUACAAAAAGUUCAUCCACAUAGAAACGUAUCCUAACGGCGGCGCGUCGGUUGUCCAUAUGUUUCAGGAUGAGAUUGGUACUUUGACGAGUGAACAAAUGCAAGAGCUGGCGCAGGAGUAUUUCAAAGUGGUUUUCGGCGAGGACGAAAACGGAAAUGCUCAUCAUGUUAUGGGUAUAGUACAUAACGCGGCUGCAUACCUGCCUGAUCUUCUGGACUAUAUGGCGAAUAGUUAUCCCACGUUGACCGUAAAAAACGGGGUGUUGGGUAGAAACAGCGAUAUUGAAACAACCACAAUGGCUCAAUACAAAGACCAAGUUUGUAAAUCUUAUAGUAACGGUACUAUUAGAUACGGGCCGUUACAUCAGAUAAGUCUGGUGGGUACUGUUCACGAAGAAGUCGGUGGAUAUUUUCCGGAUCUGCUGCAAAAAUUAGAAGAGAAUCCAUUCCUAAAGAUGACAAUGCCUUGGGGACCUCUGUCCGUCGUGAAGAUGGAUACGCCGCAAGAGUCAAACGACGGCCCUAUCCUGUGGAUCCGACCAGGCGAACAGCUAGUGCCAACGGCCGACAUAAACAAAAGCCCGUACAAACGACGCAGGACGGGUAUUAACGAGCUGAGGAACUUGCAGUAUCUACCACGGCUCAGCGAGGCUCGGGAGUACAUGUUCGAGGACCGUACGAAGGCGCACGCCGAUCAUGUCGGUCACGGAUUGGACAGGAUGACCACGGCGGCGGUCGGCGUGCUGAAGGCCGUUCACGGCGGCCAGGCGUCCCAGUACAACAGGAUCACGAAGGACGUCGUGGCCUUCUACGCGGGCGACUUCACCGAGCUUGUCGAGAAGUUGCAGCUGGACUUGCACGAGCCGCCGAUAUCGCAGUGCGUGCAGUGGGUGGAGGACGCGAAGCUGAAUCAGUUGCGCCGACAGGGUGUCCGUUAUGCCAAGAUAAAUCUUUACGACAACGACAUAUAUUUCCUACCGCGCAACAUUAUCCACCAGUUCAGGACGGUCUCGGCCGUCUCGAGUAUCGCCUGGCACAUCAGACUGAAGCAGUAUUAUCCGGAGUCGCAGCAUAGCACGAGCAUCAGACACAGCCGCGUGGCGAACGAGUCCGCGCAUCGCAUCAAGGAGAAGAAGCCUCUGGAAGCAGUUGGUAUAGGCGACGAGCAGAAGGAGAACACGAAUCGGCAGCGUUUAGAGCAGAAACUGUCGAUUGAUUCGCUCGAGAAGGCGAAGGAGAGGGCGGCCGAAUAUCAGGGUAAUCUGAAGAAAUCCGACCAGCACGGGAAGCAUCGCAAGAGUCGCCAUCACUCCAGCCACUCGUCGCUCAAGCGAAAGGAUAAGGAGGAGGGCAGUGACAAUCAGUCGUCGGAUCCGUUUGGUAGCACUAAAUCGUCCAAGAGUGAAACCAACGAGCAGAAGCCGAGCAACGACAAGAGAGACGAGAAGAGGUCCGAGAAGAAGCACAAGGAUCGCCGCCGCAGCAGCGAGAAGUCGAGCAAUCAUCACACGCACAGCAGCAGCAGUAGCAACUCCGACACCUGUCACUCCUGCAAGAAGAAAAAGUACGACAGCAACGGCCACAAGUUGGAUCAUCGUUGCAGUCAUCACGACAGAUCCAACAGUAAGAGUAUGUCGAGUAAAGAAAGUGUGGCCGGUGUAGAAGCGAGAAUGGUUUCCAAGUUCGAUAAUUCGUCUUCCUUGAAGGAGACUAAGAGACGAUUGAGCGGCUCAGAAUUGUCUCCGGUAGAUACACCUGGGCCCGAAGAUUCGUCGCCGAUUGUUCUCGAGGAAGAAUUAUUGACGCAGCGGCAAUCUGUCGCCAAAACGUACGCCACCGAGGUUGUGGAUAGAGCGUUGGAGAUAGCUAUCUACAAAUCGAAGACUGAUGUCGAGGAAGUGUGCCAGUCGCUGCGCGCCGAAGUCUCGGAAGCUUCGAAGGAGGUGCUGGAGAAGAUCCACAAGGAGAGCUUCGAGAUCGCCGAGCAGUGGUUCAAAGAUGACACUGCGAAGCUGGAGAGAUACUGCCAUUUGCUCGAGAUGGAAACCGUGCUGGCAUUCACAUCGAAGAUGGAAUGCGCGACGGAGAAUGCCGUUAAGGCGCUGAUCGAAAUGGCGGAGGACGAGGCGAAGGAGCGGGCGAAGAGCGAGAAAACCGGCGAGUUUGCGACUGACAGUAAUAAUCCAUGCAGCGAGAAUUCGGCAGCGGCGUCGACGAUAACCGGCGUGUCAUCGUACUCCUCGUCCGUGAUGUCCUCCACGUCUCCGUCUACGGAGAACGAGAGACACAGCAACAGCAGGAACGGCAGCAGUGACGAGAAUUCGCCGAAACCGUCGUCCGAAUCUCACGGCGCGGCGCACUCGAAAUCAAAAUGCAGAUGCAGGGACGAGAAGGAGUGCAGAGAGCGAAGGCACAAGAAGAGGAGGGAUCACGAGAGACGGGAGCGAAAGCACGACCGGCAUCACCACCGGAGCCCCACUCAGGUAAAAUCCGAAUCCAAGGCGUCCGACGACGCCGGCAAGGAUGACGCUUUGAGUAUCCCCGGGCUGUCGCACGGUUACCCGGUCGUCGAAAAGUCGGAGCGGCCGAGCUCGAAGAGCGUCGAGAAGAAAUCGGAGGAGAGGAGAAAGAAAUGCCACUGCGACCAGCAUCACUGCACUCACAGGCACGGGGAGAAGAGGCAGUCGUCCGGCAAGGACAGCGGCCACGCGACGACGACGUCGAGUCGCUCCCACUCGUCGAGCUCGAAGCACAAGAGGAAGCUCAGCUCGUCCGGCGAGCACAAGGAGAAGAGACCGUGUUUGGAGAAGGACUUGAGCGUGCGAACUUCCGAAUCGAGUGCGCAGCUGAGCAACGUGGUGAGCACGACGACGGUGACAACGACGAUGACGACGACGACAGCGACGACGAUCGCAACAGCAACAACGACAAACUCGACUGCGUCGACGCAUUUAUCGCCGACGAACACUAUUGUGUCGACCACGUGAAAAGGUGAUUUUUUGACGACUAUAGUACAAUCCGUUCGUUAAGGGCGCGAGUCCGCGCGCGCGCGGAAACGAAACCGGUGCUUUACCCGAGCGCAAAUUCUAAUCGUGUCGUCAUCCCGUGCCGUCCGGACGCGCGAAAGGAGAGGGACAACGGGAUAAAUUAUUAGACCACGGGGAGAUGUACUUUUACUGAAGUAGAGAUCGCCGUGUUUCAAUCCAAAGACAGAUAGGACCUUUUACUUGAUUGAGAGAAGUUUGCUACCUUCAUCCUUCUUCCUUUGCGACUACAUACAUAUAUAUUUAAACACAGACACGUAUACCGCCUUAGUCUCGAACAGAGAAGAUAACAAUACGAGAAAGACGUGUUGUUCUCUAGAAAGUACAUACACACUCGCAAAUAUACACGUACACAUACACGUACAAAAACGUAAUACACACACACACACACACACAUACACAUACCUUCCGAUACAGGAUCGCAAAAAUUAUUUUGCUACGAAAGAAAUCCGGACGUCUCAUACAUUGCUGAGAGAAUUAAAGCUAAUAUUUAUAGUAUAGACGACCAAAUGAGCGGCGUUAGGAAAAGGGAAAUUUGUACAAAUUUAUGAUCGCGAAAAUUAAUCCCAUUUAAUAUGACGGAGCUGUGUACUUGUACAUAGAUUUAAAAUGUUAUUUCCUUUGCCGAGAAUCAUAUCUCAUCACGCGGAGAGCUCGCUUAAGUUAUUUAUAUGCGUUAUUCUAUGCGUAAAUUAUUUAUGACGAUUUUUAUUGGCCAUUCUGUGCUAACAUAAAGCAAAGUCCAUACUACGGAAACUUGAUCGCGAUUUCCGAGUCGAUGCGGCCGUACUCUUCACAAUUCUUAACAGCACAACUUGAUGAUUGUGCUUGUAAUCGAACGUUUAUAUGUUAUAUAAUAUGUAGAUUUUUUGUCUGCAUAUCACAUAAGAUAUAAAUGUUCAUUUAAAUUUCAUAUAGAUAUGUAGAAUAUCUUUAGGGAUGAGAUAUCUUUGUACAUACAUAUAUAAAUAUAUACAUACAUAUAUAUAAAAUUUGACAAUUAAGGUACUGAGUAUAGAAUAAGGAAGACCUUUUUGCACGCGACUUUACGUUUGGUAUACACAUCGCAAAACUGUCGCGAUAAGUUAUUGACUCGAUAAUAUCACUAUUAUCUGUUGAGAGUUUAUCUUACCUAGUAAUAGCUAAGUAUCCAGAAUAUCUUAACGCGCUAGUUGGUGGAUAGUACUAGGUAUUGCCGAUCCCUACAUCUUUUCAUGAGGGGCGUAAAAUAAUAUAUUUUAGUUAUUCGGAAAAGUCCCUUUUUCUCUCUUUUUUUUUCUUCCCCCCCUUUGCCUAAGUCAUUAAAACCACACUAACAGACGUACAAACUCGUCGCCUUCGAAGCUGAAAAUGAUUCGACAGUGAGACAUUGCGACAGAUAUCGCUAAAAAAGAAAAAAAGAAACGUUAAUAUUUUCUCUAUUCGAAUACACGACGGGAAUGUCAUUUCUAAAAACAGCCAAUCUGCAUGUCUAAAAAUUGUCGAUUUCGAAAAAACACCGGUAAAACGAUCGACGACUUUUGCGAGUAUAUACCGUUUAAACAGAGAAAAAUCAAGCUUUAUCAGGUCUCGACAGAACGUUGUAUAUAUUUAAUGUGCCUCUCGCGUUUGCGACAGUAAAAUUUCUUUCUUUCGUUAUUGAAUACUCUCCCGCAUUACGUUUCGACGGUGUACAUACACAAUAAUGAUUACAUUGUCCGCCGUAUGCUUUAUUUUGUAAGUUCGUUAUAUUAGCAUGUUACACGUUAUUAUGAUUCUAAUGUAAGAGAGACAUUAAUAUAAAUGUCGAUGUAUACGUUGUGUUACGCUUUCGUUAUACAUGUAAAACCCGUUGCUUAGAGCUAACAUAGCUAAUUUCACUCUCACUUCACGUUUAUAUUUAGUUCCUUCACGUUUUUACCCUUACAUUUUUAAUAUACAGAGACAGAAACAAAGCUUGUAAGAGUCGAGAAAUAAAGCAGAUUCAGUUUGACUUUCAGUUGUAUCUGCGUUAUUUAAAAAUAAUUUCGACCGUAGAUUUUUGUUGCAAUGUGACUUCUUAAAUAAGUUCGUGCGGCGUAAGCAACUUUUUUCCUUUUUUUUUUUUUUUACUUUUUUUUCCACAAAAGAAGACGAGAACGGAAAGUAAACGAGUAAAGAGAUAAGAAUGUAUUUGUACUGGGUAAUAGAGUACGACGAAAGUGUACACAGAUAACAGGUACGCGUACGUCUGUAGUAAUCUGCGGUCGCAGAGGAUUUACUGUAUAAAAUCGUUUUAUGUACCGUAACCGAUGGAAGUGUGUGUAAAAUUGCAUAAAUUCUAGUUCCGUAGAAUCGUAGGUGCCUAAAGUCAGCAAUUGAUCCAAUAAGAUCGUCAAAGGUGAACUUGUUCGCUCACAGAGAGAGAGACUUCUUUUUAGACACUUUUCUAUCCCAGCAACCUUUUUCCGAAAGGUUCGUUCGUUCGUUUUCACGCAUUGUCGCACGAGACGAAAUGAGUUUUUUUUUUUUUCGGCGGAUCGAGACGAACCGACGAGCGGAAGAGGAGAGGACGAGAGGAAGGAAAAACUCGCGCGCGAAAUGAGAAAAAUCCCAAAACGCGAAAUUGAUAAUCGACGGAUAACUUAAGAGAAACACCGGCCGAUGCGUCCCCGAGAUAAAAAGGACCAAAUUGAGAGCAGAACGAUCCGUGCGUGUCGCCUCCCUUUAAGGGAGGCUGGGAUCAAUCGGCUUCUUGAAAUUCUUUCGAAUCGGAAAUUCUCCUCUUACGAUUGAGCCCAAACUCCCCUGGACUAUUCACUCGAAGCAAAGUAAACAAUGAAACUAAAUAAUCACACACAGGUGCUGGAUACUGAAUACGCCACUUGAUAUUUUAAGGUGCCUUCGCUCUGUUCGUUCCAGUAAAGCUGUACCGAUAACCACCGAUCAUUUACCCGAUCUAUAAACCUUGAUUUUUACGUGCGUAUAUAUGUGUGCGUGUACGCGUGUGUGUCUGUGUAUGCGUGUGUACAAGUAGAGCGUGUAAAUUUUAAUCAGCAACGACUAACACACACGAAUCCGCGUAUCGACGUGUUGCUUUCGCUCCCGAAACGUUUCGUCGCGCACGCAAAUUUUUGACGAACGAGAGGGAGAAAGAGAGAGAAGUAAAGAGAGGGAGAGCAACAAUGUGCAAAUUUUCUUUCACGAAAGAGACUUGUAGAUUGUACAGUAGUACGUCUGUGUAAAUAAUUGUAAGAUAUUGGAAUUGUAGUUUAGAUCGCCGUUGAGAAGUCGCGUCGUGCCGAACGAAAGGCACGGCCAAGGCUUCUUUAAAAAAAAAAAAACCCGAUCGAGUAGUGCGAGUAUUAAAUUAAGAGAAACCGGAGUAUGUACACACCGACGAAUUAGUGGGAAACGCUUGUUAAUUUAUAAAGGGCAAAGGACUGAAUCGAGACUAGAAGGGUAGACAGGCUGAAUUUUUGAAGAAUGAUUUUUGGAAAAAAUAAUAUAUAAGAGGAGAGAAUAAUUUAAGCUAAAAUUAAGUUUACGUUGAUCAAGAACACGAGGAAGACGGGGGGGGGGGAGAACAGAGAUGAAAAAUCAAACGAGUAUAUCUUGGCAGUCGGCCCUUCUAGUGUUGUUUCAAGAGUUACGCAGAAGAAAAGAAAAAAAAAAGGAACGUUCGCAAGCUUCCUUUUAUCGAAGUAGAAACGAGAUGGUCUGCGACGAACUAUUCUUUGUAGCUGCUAUACUUUCUACGUUGUAGAAUUUUCUUCCAUUCUCCCUUCUUCACGGAGCCCUUCACUGUGUGCUCUUACUUCAGUUCAAAUGCAGAAAGUGCUGCUAAAAAGAAUGGGCUCGAUAAACCGACGAGUGUGCGUGUCGAUUUUAGCGUCUCUGCGGCCUUCGAUUUCGUGUUUUAGAAGUAGCAUAUUCCCUUGCCGAUAGAUCCUGCAUUGUUGAGCGUACAAAAAUCUCGUCGGCAUCAGCUAAACGAAAAGUGCAAUCACGCCCCGUGCGACCCGUAAUUGAUUUUCUGUCGUGAAACGAGGCUUGGAUCGAUCGUACGUCCAACCCGUACGCGACAAACGCGUUCUCUUUCGUUCCGAGUGGAAAAAAAAAACGAUGUAAUGCGAAGCGAAUCCAGUGGCCGAUUCGACCAACUUUUCUCAUCGAAUGUAUUUAAUUUAAUUUAUUGUGCAGAAUUACAUAUAUAUAAGAAAAGGCAGAAAGUGCACAAAAGAUAAGGCAUCACUGCUGCUGUAAAGCCUACCAGAAAGAUUUGGAUUUUGCAAAAAAACGGUGUAGCAAAGCAAUAUAAAAUUGUUAACUGUUAUUGCGUUUUACACUUGUAAUUAACAAUUGAUAUGAAUUGUAAUAAACAAUUCAGCAUAUGCGUGCGAGACAAAGUGGAAAGAGUAUAGUCGUCUAAUAUUUAAUAUCUUCGGGAGAGGCAGAACAGAAUGUGUACAAAAGUAAAAAAGAACUAUGUAACGAAUCAUAAAUGCCGUAUUGUUUCGCCGUAUAUAGGUCGAUUGCAAAAUCUUGUUACCGUUUCAUUGAAAAUAAGAAAAGAUAUAACCUUGAUUGAUGAGAAUUUGAGAGAGAUGUUGGUCAAAUUGGUCACAGAGUACUCCGUUCUGCAAUUAAACUUUUAUAACUAUACCUUAAUCGUGCAUAUAGAUAUAGCGCGAAACGAUGUGAGCUAACCGAUAUAUGAUUCAAAAUCAACCCUUUCUUUUAGUUUAACUGGCAUUGUAAAAGGUAUAGAGUGUUAUAGUUUCUAAACGAGGAAUUUUGUAAGACUUAUUGUUAGAGAUCUAAAAAGAGAGCGGAGGUACGGUCGAUUUUUAUCCCGUUUUUAUAGUGAAUCUCUCUUUCUCGUCCUCUCCAAUCUGUGCUGCAGAGAUCGCGAUCCCCGCAACUCAUCCCCCUCCCCCCUAGCCUGAAAGUACUUUUGUUCUGAUAAUUGCCUCGCUGAUACGGUGCGUCCGAUCCCUCAGAGUCGCCGCUCGUCGCACGACGUGUAAAAAGAGACGGAAAAAAAAGAAUAGACGUGCAUAAAGAUAUUAUGUAAAAUGAUGACCUCCUCGGCGGCGCAACGACGGAGGACACCGAGGGACCGGGAUGACGGUGAUCCUCGCAACGCGUGCACCGAGACUCUCUCGCUCGGGCGGAAUUGUAAUCGCUUUGUACAUAUUUCUGUAAAUAGACACUCGGUAUGUGCGGCGCGACGCGACGACGGGCCGGGACGUAAACGAAAACGUAAACAAACAGGAAACGCGACGUAGUACAACGGAUGAUGGAAUGCUAAUCGCAGAGCUGAUUGGGAAAGAGAAAAGUGAAAGAGGAGUUGUGUCAAAGACCGCAAAGACUCUAACGAAUCACGAUUCUUUUAAAUAUUCUCGCAUACAAUUUCAAGAUUAUGCCAAUUGAUAUUAAUAAUUAUCGGAAUGAUCCAUAUUAAUAAUUAUGAAGUCACGAUUCUCUUAAAUAUUCUCGCAUACAAUUUUAAGAUUAUGCCAAUUGAUAUUAAUAAUUAUCGAAAUAUUUCAGACUUACAUUGAAAAAAAAUCUUUUAAGAGAUUAGACUUACAGCGUGUAUUUUUUUUUUUCUCUUAGUGUGUUUCUCGCUCUUUGUAUCUUGCGUGUUACGUAUAUCGUGUCCCGGCCCGACGAUUCGAACGUUCGCUUGUAAAGGAAAAAUCAAUAUAGGGGAAGGAGGAGGGAACACAGCACGCGGUAGUUAGCGCAUUGGACGAUUUAAUUAUCGCUAUCGAAACAGUAAAUAUAUAUAUAUAUAAUAUGUACAUACAUAUACAUAUAUAUACGUACGUAUGUAUGUAUACGUAUGUAUAUUUAAAAAAAACCGCUAUUAUUCUAUUAUCACAUAUACACGAUAUAUAUUUGCGUUAACCGGUGAGGAGAAUCGUAAAAGAAAUAAGCAUAUAGUUAUAAAUAUAAAUAUCGUAGCGUUUAGUUUUACAUAUUAUACCCGUCACACGUGUAGAAGUCGCAUUCCAACGUCUAAGUUUUUAAUGAAACAAAUAAAAUUACUUUGGUCAAAA